UUUGUCUACUGCUGUGUACCUAGUCUUACUUCAUUCGUUUCCUGUUCAAAUUUCGAGUAUGUUUCGUUGUGUUUGACAGAUAAAUUAGUUGCGAGCACCAAGAACUCUAAUCAAGCAUUUAUAGCUCUUUAACACAACAAUUUAAAACCGAAAGUGACUGACUUUAUUUGACUUUUUUGUCUUGUUUCUUUGUGAUAAACGUUUGUUGAAUCAGACCGACUGACCGACUUAAUACACAAUUCUCUCAAUUAAAAGUCAUCACAAGCAACGAACAGUGAAGAUACUGUUGAAUUGUUAUUUUUCAAUCAUUUUGAAUGCUGCGGUCGACGACGUCUUAAGGACCAUUAUCUCUGCUUAUCAACCAAUCGAAUGAGAAACGAAAUUUUUAAAUAUUUCUUUUCGACACAAUGAAAUUUUCAAUUAUCUUCGUUUUAAGCUACGUUUGUUGUAUUCAGUGUAGUAAUGAACAAACAGUAUCGCUAUCACCGCUGAUAUUCGUACCCGGCUGCGGUGGAAAUCAACUGGAAGCACAAUUGAACAAACCGUCCGUUGUGAGUUUCCUGUGCUGGCAACACAGUGAUUAUUACUACCGAAUAUGGAUGGACUCAGCUCAAAUGGUUCCGCUGUUAGUGGACUGUUGGGUGGAUAAUAUGAAACUGUCCUACGAUAAUAUGACCAGAACGACGAGAAAUUCACCAGGUGUAAAAAUCAGAGUACCAGGUUGGGGAAGUGUGUCGACCAUGGAAUUUGUUGAUCCGACACCAGUGAUCAAUUAUGUUGACUAUGGGUACUACUUCUACUACAUCGUAGCAGCACUAACCGCCAAUGGUUACGAUCGACAGAAAAAUAUCUACGGCGCCCCGUAUGACUUCCGCAAGGGACCAAACGAAAACAAAGAAUGGUUUGUGAACGUGCAACGGCUGACCGAAGAGGCAUACGAAAAGAACGAUAAACAACGUGUUACGUUCAUAGGCCACAGUAUGGGUGGACUGAUGAUUUUACAGUUUCUACAGCAAAUGACUAGCGCCUGGAAGGAAACCUACGUAAAGCAAAUGAUUACGCUCUCUACGCCAUGGGGCGGAAGUGUGCAGGCAUUACAAGCGGUAUCGGUUGGAUAUGACUUCCAUUCAUCAACGGUGUCCACAUCCAAAAUGAAGCAGGUACAGGAAACGUGUCCGUCGUUGGUGUGGCUGUUGCCAUCGCCAUAUUUCUGGAAACCAAAUGAAGUCCUAGUUCAAGCAAAAGACAAGCAAUACACACUGGACAAUCUGACGGAUUUUUUCGACGACAUCAAUAACCCGUACAUUAACGACAUUCACAAGGAUUUGUCACUUUUUUACAACAUUUCUGCACCGGGUGUUGAAGUGCAUUGUCUUUACGGAAAGAAUUUGGGGGACUCGGUGGAAAGUUUGAACUUUAAGGACGGUCUGAACUCGUUCCCAACACUAGCCUACGGAGACGGAGAUGGCACUGUUAAUAUACGUUCGUUGUUGGGAUGUACCCAUUGGGAAAACACCACGUCACAGCAUAAUUCGACCGUGUAUCAUCAAGCAUUUCCCAAUGUCGAGCAUUACAAUCUGUUGGGUGACAAUCGUGUUAUAAAUUAUAUUAUUAGCCGAUUGAUUCCCACCGAUAGCGUUUCGGUGAAAUGGACCCAGAAAAGUCAUACAAACGCAAGGUUCAUCCGAUUAUUUUAAGUCUAAAGCGAAGAAGAAAAUUUUCGAGUGUAAGUCAAACCAACUGAUGGUAUAACAAUGGAAAUAAGGUCACAUUA